AUGGCCACGAAGAAGUUAUACGAGAACUUCUCCAAGAGUUUGAUCGACGAAGUGCACAAAUGGGGUGCUAUGAAACAGACGGGUGUAAGCUUACGCUACAUGUUAGAUUUUGGGUCCGUUCCUUCUGAUCGUAAUUUGAUCAUAGCCGCUCAAUUUCUUCACAAAGAGCUUCCAAUUAGGAUCGCUAGACGUGCCAUUGAACUCCAGUCUCUUCCUUAUGGCUUAUCUGAAAAGCCUGCAGUUCUCAAAGUGCGAGAUUGGUACCUAGAUUCGUUUCGUGACCUUAGAUCCUUCCCUGAGAUCAAGGACAUCACUGAUGAGAGAGAUUUUACCCAAAUGAUUAAGCUGAUCAAGGUACGGCACAAUAACGUCGUCCCCACUAUGGCUCUAGGAGUUAAACAGUUGAAGAAAGGUCUUGACCCCAAGGUUGAAGAUGAGGGUCUGGAUGAAAUUCACCAGUUCCUAGAUCGCUUUUAUAUGUCAAGAAUUGGAAUCCGAAUGCUAAUUGGGCAACAUGUGGCAGUGCAUGAUCCAAACCCCCCACCGAAUUGUAUUGGUUAUAUACAUGCAAAGAUGUCUCCGAUGCAGGUAGCGAAAGAUGCUAGUGAAGAUGCCCGUUCUAUUUGUUUACGAGAGUAUGGCAGUGCACCAGAUAUCAAUAUCUAUGGUGAUCCUAGCUUCGCUUUCCCAUACGUACCGACACACUUGCACAUGAUGGUGUUUGAGUUGGUUAAAAACUCAUUGCGUGCAGUCCAAGAGCGGUAUAUGGAUUCUGAAAAAGUCCCACCUCCUAUACGUAUAAUAGUGGCUGAUGGAGCAGAAGAUGUUACAAUCAAGGUUUCAGAUGAAGGGGGUGGAAUAGCAAGAAGUGGUCUUCCAAAGAUCUUUACAUAUCUCUACAGCACUGCUAAUAAUCCACUUUAUGAACAAUCAAAUCUUGGAGCAGUUGAUACGGUUACAAUGGCAGGUUAUGGAUAUGGACUUCCUAUCAGUCGCUUGUAUGCUCGCUAUUUUGGAGGGGAUCUGCAAAUCAUCUCCAUGGAAGGCUACGGAACAGAUGCAUAUCUUCAUUUGUCGCGUUUGGGAGAUUCACAAGAACCGUUGCCUUAAAACUCAUGUGAAUAAUGUGAAUGCAGCAGUUUCGCCUUUCUAUUUCGUGGAAUGUAGUUAACAUUUCUAUUUGAAUUUCAAGGAAUCCAUUUACCCUGUUACACUUGAUGAUGAUAGCUAAUGAAUCAAAUCAGCAAUGUAGAUGGUCAACACCAAACUGCUUGAUUGAUC